GUCGUCUCGUCUAUAACAUGCCCGCUGCCUCGCCGACUUGGACUGUCCUCAAGGCCCGUAACAAGUCGUGGAUGCCCGCCGACACAUAGCGUGAAAACCAACUGCACGGCCAUGGCAGCCCUGUAUCCGCCGGUCGUCUCUCCGGCCACACGCCAGCCAGGCCCUCAACAUCAACGCCGACAGUCGUCGUCGAGCCCCGCGCCCAACGAAUGCAACCACAUCUACAACGAGAAGGACGCCUGUGAGCGGCGACAGAGUGUUCACACAGAGCGCGGUCGCCGCAAUGGUCGUGGUCACGAUUCCGUCAUCUCAUAUCCCUUCUCGCCAUGCACGCCUAGCCCCCACAGCAGCAUCUCCUCCGCGGAACGACGACAUCACUCAGGCUCAGAAGCUCGGUACUCCGUACCCGUGGUAGACGGCAGGCCUGUAUCGUAUCCACCGCAGGCACAUCUAGAUCCCGAGAAGAACGAUGGGUACAGCUCGCCGCAGGGUCGCCAGUCGUUGAACCGCGACUUAUCACCACAGAAAGAGCAGGUGCAUGACCGAGGCGAAUACGAAGAGGGGGGUGCUGAGGAGAAGGCGUGGCAGUUGUUGUUUUAUCUUUCUGGCCCAUGCGCUCUUCUCUCCGUCGCCAUCACCUUCUGGACGAUUGCUGCAUUGAUCAUUUCGCUUGCCUUGUAUCCGCUGCGAUUCUGCUCUACACGCCCCUCGCUGUCGUCGCAACUCGAAUCGUUCCUCGCGCCCGCCCUCAAUCUACAGCUUCACCUCGUGUACUCGACCAACUCAAAAACGGAAUACAGCGCGCCUCUCCUGGUUGUAAUCCACCUAUUCUCGCCAUUCGUCGCCUUCGGUAUUGCCAUCGCUGCAUGGGUCGCGGCUUGCUUCUCGUUCUUUUCUGCGAUACUGGGUGACCCCGGGGGCCCUAGCAGUCCAGACGGACACCACAACGACGGCAAAGAGAGCAUUCUAAGCGUUCGCAACUGGUGGGAGAAAUGGCUUGCACGAGGAUUGAGAUGAUUGCGCCUCGAAGGACUGGUUUUCACUCGCGACUCGACGAUUACGAUUGCGCGGAAGCGACUUCACGACACCCCUUCGACUCGACAAAGG